AUGAAGGGGCUGUUCAAGCACAAGCCUCGCACUCCUGCCGAUAUUGUCCGCCAGACUCGCGAUAUCCUCGCCUAUGUCGACCGCUCUUCCUCCUACUCCACCGAUUUGCGCGGCGACGUACGGCGCGAAGAGAAGAUGGUGGAGUUAGCUAAAAAUAUGAGGGAGUUGAAGACAAUUCUUUAUGGCAACAGCGAGGCAGAACCAGUGGCAGAAGCUUGUGCACAGUUGACUCAAGAGUUCUUCAAAGAGAACACACUCCGCCUUUUCAUUAUCUGCCUUCCGAAGUUGAAUUUGGAGACCCGAAAAGAUGCCACUCAAGUUGUUGCUAAUUUACAGAGACAGCAAGUUCAGUCUCGUCUAAUUGCUUCUGAUUAUCUGGAAAACAACACAGAUCUCCUGGAUAUUCUAAUAGUUGGUUAUGAUAAUGCAGAAAUGGCUUUACACUAUGGUGCAAUGUUGAGGGAGUGUAUACGUCACCAGUGUGUUGCAAGAUAUGUCUUGGAGUCUCCAGAAAUGAAGAGAUUCUUUGAGUAUAUACAGCUCCCUAAUUUUGAUAUUGCUGCUGAUGCUGCUGCAACUUUCAAGGAGCUCCUAACAAGACAUAAAUCUACUGUAGCUGAAUUCUUAUCAACCAACUAUGACUGGUUUUUUGCAGAAUACAACUCGAAGUUGCUGGAAUCUGAGAAUUACAUGACCAGGCGACAGGCUGUCAAGCUAUUAGGAGACAUGUUACUGGACCGGUCAAACUCACGUGUGAUGACAACCUACGUGAGCUCAAGGGACAACUUGAGGAUACUCAUGAACCUUCUUAGAGAAUCAAGUAAAAGCAUCCAGAUAGAAGCAUUUCAUGUUUUCAAGCUCUUUGCAGCUAACCAGAACAAACCUGCAGACAUUGUGAGCAUACUUGUGGCGAACAGAAGCAAGCUUCUUCGUUUGUUUGCCGAUUUUAAGCCAGACAAAGAGGAUGAACAAUUCGAGGCAGAUAAAGCGCAGGUGGUGAGAGAGAUAGCGGCACUCGAGCCUAAAGACCUUGCAUGA